UUCAUAAUUCGUUUUAGAUUUUCAAGAUGGCUGUCGCUGAUAUCGUAGUAAAACAAGAAGCUGUAGGAGCAGUAGACUUGGAAGAAAGGAUAUGUGAGCUCUGUAAACUGAAUCCUAAAGGUAUAUCCGACCAGGUUAUUCAGCAAGAUAUGCCUGGAAUUCCUCCACAACAGCGCGUUACCGCCAUUAACCGUUUGUUAUCCAUUGGUAGAUUGGAAUUACUUCGAAGUGGAUCCCAGCUAUUAUACAGAUACAAAGAUGUACAGGCAGCUCAAAAAACUAAGGGUUUUGAAGUAGAAGAGAAAGUGGUUUAUCAAAUUAUAGAAGAAGCUGGCAACAAAGGUAUUUGGAUAAGAGACAUCAGAUAUAAAUGUAACCUGCAGUUGACACAGCUGAAUAAAAUCUUGAAGAAUCUGGAGAGUAAGAAGCUCAUUAAGGCAAUCAAGUCAGUUGCUGCAUCAAAAAAGAAGGUCUACAUGUUAUUCACAUUAGAACCAGACAUUUCAGUUACUGGUGGAGCAUGGUACAGUGAUCAAGACUUUGAGUCUGAAUUYGUGGAAGUUCUCAAUCAACAGUGCUUUAAAUUUCUAGAACAAAAGUUUCGUCAAGCUGAAAAACUAUAUGAUGACCCUGUGGCUAGAAAAAAUGCUUCAUACAGCUCUUCAAAUGAUGUUUGGAAGUAUAUUUCCCAGUUGGGAAUAAGUAAGGUUCAGCUAUCAGUCCAAGAUAUAGAGACUAUUCUGAAUACCCUCAUAUAUGAUGGCAAGGUUGAGACUGUUGUAGUGGUUGAUAACAAAUCCAGCUCUGGCUCUGGACAGAAGACUCUUUAUCGUGCUGUUUUCCCAAUGAUUUCUUCAGCAGGAUUGAUGAGGACACCAUGUGGGGUUUGUCCAGUUGUAGAUAAGUGUCACGAUGGUGCUGCAGUUUCUCCUAAAACUUGUAUAUACAUGAAGGAAUGGCUUGAUGUGUGAAAACUUUAGUGUCCAAUAAAUAUAUUUAUAAUAAUAUUAUAGUUAUGCAUGACGAAUAAGUAUUAUUUAUUCAAAAGACAAACCCAAGCUUUGAGUGAUUUUAUUUUCAAAAUAACAAAGAUCUAACAAUAUUACACUAGCAUUAACAUGACAUACAGCAUCUUCGCCUAAUUAAAUAAAAUAUUUGUUUAAAGUGUAACAUCAUUCUUCUGCGUCCAAAUAGGCCUUUCCCAAAUUUGCUUGAGUAACCUCAAGACAAUGCCUCCAAGUCAAAGUUGGUCUUGAUAAAAUACAGUAAAUGUAUGAAAACAUCAAGUCUAACCUUAACUUGGGGCCAUUGUUACUGGUCACUCAAGGAAAUGAAUAGUCCCUUUCAUAGUUCCCUGCGCCAUCUUGAAAAGUAGCCAUGCCUUUGCAUCGAAGCAAGACGAAAGGCGAGCUUGAAAUGAUAGACCCCUGGUUAAACACCUCUCACAAUUAUUCACCUCUCUAUCAUGGCAAGCUCACCGUUCAUCUCUCUUCGAUCCAAUGGAACUGCUACUUUUCAAGAUGGUGCAGGGAACUAUGAAAGGGACUAUUUGCAAAGGCCUAUUUAGUUCUUCAUAGUAGAAUAAACUUGGAGCUUUCUGCUCAUUAAAAAUGCAGGAUACAAUUUGGAUUACAUUUUAAUUUCCAUUUUGCCAGUUUGAAUAAACAUAAGCAACUUGAAACUAGCUCUAUUAAACUUAUUUUAGUUCUA